AUGUCCCGUUUAAUAGCUUUGUUUUCCCCACAUUCCGAUGGGGAAUUGAUCGAUGUCGAAUCUCACCCGCUCCAGGAAUUACGUCCCGUGCACACAUAUCCACCUGCAUCUCAGCCCACUACCUCUGUGAUAAUCCACACUUACCCACCCGAGCCUACCCAGACCCAUGAGGACUUUAGGAUGAGUAUGAGAGAGGAGGAGGAAGAGGAGGAAGAGGAGGAAGAGGAGGAAGAGGAGGGUCCCACCAAAGUUGUUCUCAAGGAAAUUGAUCAGUCAUCCAAGCUGCGUGAUGAUGUACGUGAGCUACGUUAUAGCCACCAUGAGCUUUUGGUUCGAAAGCGCAACAUGCAGACCAACACUCAUUACCGUGAACUGGAGAUGCGAUCAAUCGCUGACCAGUAUCAUGACAAGAACGGACAUCUUGAGCCUAAGAAAGUUGAGGCCCUCACCUCAUUGGAACAGCAGCACCACAGUGAAGUCUCGUUGAUCCAGAAUCAAAUUCGACAGGCAAAAACUAUCACGCCUGUGUUGCCUCCUUCAUGGCGUCAUGUUGUAGGCAAAAAACCAGUUGCUACCUGCACUAACAUUGUGGGGUUUUUGCCAAUUCCUGAUGUACUCUCGGAAUCCCCUGUUGACGAACCUAUUAUCAGUGAUAAUAGUAGCAAGGAUGGGCUUCGCUUGACUUCACUUUUGAAUCUUCCUAUUGAAGACGCCACGGCUCUCCAGUGUCAACAAACAUCCCCUAGUAGACCUCGCUCGAGACGUAAAAUCCCUGAACCAUCUGUAGAAUAUUUUACCAAUGAUCAGCAUCGAGAGAACAAGGCGAAUGUGCGAGAUUUAUUUAAGGAGACAUUCCAUCUCACAAAAGAUGAUGAGUACAUGCUUUACAAGGGAGCAGCACGCGAAGCCGUAUCGCUUUUCAUAGGCGGCAUAGGCCCCAGUCCUGACCCGCUUGCGUUGCAGUGGGAUAUGACGGCCACGCACAAUUCGGAUUGGAAUCAAAAGGUCAUCGAUCACCUCUGUUGCCUGUAUAUGACCAUGCAGGAGAGCAACCGCUGGACCGGGCGAUCUCAGCAGUCAAUCAGACGUGAUAUCACCCUUAAAUUCGAUCAAUGCCGCAAGUGCUGGAGAAAAGCCCGUCCUCAGGUCGCCAGUGAUGGCACUCACGAGACUAUGCAACAAGUGGGAGAUCGCCUGGUGGAUCACACGAACGAGCGGUUACGGAUAGCUAGGGUCCUAUCUCGUAGAACAACAAAAUUUGAAACCCGCCGGAAGGUCACGUUGUCUUAA